CGAGACUGGAGGCCGCGGCCUUUUUUGUUUUAAUUCAAAGAUGCUGAAGUCGCCGAGAGAAAGUGAGCUCUUGGCUUCCUCACUAAUCAAUAGUGUGACCCAGGCUCUGGGAAGACUGCUAGAUUUAUGGAAUGAAAUGGGUAUCAACAGAGAAUUGCAGCUGGAACGCAUGCAAGCUGCAAAGGCUCACAUUGAGGCUCUGCUGAAUGAAAUGAUCGAGGAAGAAAGUAAUUUGAAGGAAAAAAUUGAAAAUGACAUAGAAAAACAGAGGAAUCAGUUGAAUACGCUUAGAUAUGAACUCAAGCUGGAGCCAUACCAGGUUGGUGAUGGCUUAACUAUCCUUCAGUUGGAAAAGGAGUUUCGCCUGGCUUUAGAAGAAGCUCUCAAAGAAAAACAGGAGAGGCUGGCAAAGCUGAAACAGCUGCAGCAAGAUGACCAGGCACUAUGUACAGAGCUUUGUGCUACCCCCUACUAUGUACCUACUGGCAGUAUUCCAAGUCCCCUGGAGCUGGAAGAGCUGAAAGAACAUGUUCAAGCACUUUCGAAAGUAAAGGAGGAAAGAUUGGAAGAGUUUUUUAAAUUAAGAAGAAAAAUCAGACAGUAUAAUAAAGAAAUUGGACACACACCGGAUGGGACAUUGGAAAGUGAUAUAUUAUUGGAAGAUGAAUACAUUUGCCUUACAAAGAAGUACCUUGAAGAUCUCCAGUUGCUUAUCCAUCAGUUGCAGGUCAAGAAGGAGUCUUUGAUUGCUGCUAAGGAUGUUCUGGUGAAAGAGGUACAGAUUCUGUGGGACAGACUUCAGUGGCCUCAGGAGAAGCAAGAUCAGUUCAAAACAAUGACAAGCAAGUGUUCUAUUUCUGAAGCCACAAAAAUGUGGGAAGAGGAGUUGCAGAACCUGGAAGAGCUGAAGAAAGAGCAUCUUAAAGAAAUUACUUUGAAAGUCCGGCAAGAACUUAACAGUUAUUGGCAAAAAUGCUUUUAUACUGAUGAACAGAGAGCUGCAUUUCAGUCCUUUUAUAAUGAUGAUUUCUCAGAAGAGUUAUUGAAUCAGCAUGAUGAAGAACUUCUGAGAAUGAAGGAUCUUUAUGAGAAAAACAAGCACCUGUAUGAUAGUGUUCACAAAUGGGAAGGCAUCUGGAGUCAAUUCUUUGAACUGGAGAAAAAAUCAACAGAUCCAAGCAGACUUCUAAACAGAGGCGGUAACUUACUCAAGGAUGAAAGGGAAAGAACAAAGAUUCAAAAGCAGUUGUUAAAGUUGGGGGAAGAAUUGAAGAAAAGUAUUGAAGACUGGGAGAAGGAAAAUAGCUCACACUUCCUUAUCAAGAGUAAGCGGUUUCUCAGUUCUAUGGCUGAUCAGCUGCAACAUCACAAAGUUAAAAAAGAUCAACCCAAAAUUUCAGUGAAGAAGGAGGAAUCUGUUACUUCAAAAACAGCUGUUAAAAGGCCUGCAGGUGUGAACACGCCAACUCCUAAAAAGAUACGCAAGGUAGCCUCUAACUUAACCAUACUUAAAGCAAGCAGCUGCAGUAAUAUAGCAAACAGCACCUCUGUUGCUGGCAAGCUGUCAGUUCAAACCAAGACUCCUUCCAAAACCAUACCUCUAGAUUCCCUGUAUCGACAGCCAUUAGAAGAGUGCAAGGAAAGCAAAUCCACCAAGCAACCUAGCUAUUCAGAUUUCAUGAAAGAACUGGCCAUGAAAUCAAAUCUCAACAACAGGAUUCUCAAUUCUACACUCAAGGAGAAUUUAGAUGAAUAAAUCCAUUCUGGCUUCAGGUGAGACACAGCUCAUCAAACAAAUGGGACUGCAUGUACAUAGCGCAACAGCAAGAACAAAUACACUUGGAGCCUUAUCAGGAAUCCAUUUGUAAAAAUUACUGUUUCCCUAUUACCUGCAUGUAUAGUGAAGAAAAUACUUUCAGAUGUGUAGUGUGCUAACUUUUGGCAGCUGGAUCUGGAGGGAGACUCAGAACAAAGAGGAGUAAAGGUUUUGUGUUCCCUCAGUUCAGAAGGAGUUACAUUACAGAGCAGUAUUUGCUCAAACCGAACACUUUCUGCAAGCUGUGGUGGUGAUAACAAGAGGAGACAUUUCUUGCUGUAUGGUAUCAAGAUGGCUGAUUUCCUCCCUUUAUGAUUUAGCAAGUCAGAAGAUGCUUUAUGCAACUUACGUACAUUAUAUUCGGUAAUGCAUUGUAGUUUUAGUACUGUGCUUCAAAUAUGUGUUAAUUUUAAGAUUACAAGAUGUAUAUUGUUAUUUCAAUUUAAAAAAUAAAGAAUUGAAACUUCA